AUGUCUACUCAGAAUAUCGAAAAAAAUCGAAAAAGAGCCGAAACAGAAGACCAAAAGGUUUACAAAAAGUUCAACAAUAUUCUCAUUACACAGAUUUAUCGCGAGAACAAUGUUGAAAACGCGUACAAAUGUAUUGAAACGUUGAUGAAGGUCAUAGAUAAUAUCAGGAAAGAUCCCCUUGAAAUAAAGUACCGACGAUUAGGAGUGGAAAAACCGUUAGUCAGGAAUAAUUUGAGAAAUGUUAAAGGUGGUAUAGAAUUCUUGGUGGAACUCGGGUUUCGACGUUCGGUGAAGGAAUUCAAAGAGGUUUUUUCUCUCGAAAUUCCAAAAAUUGCCGAAAAAAGUGAUGAAAUAGAUGAUGAUAAAUUGUGGGUUCAAACUUCAGAUCUGGAAAUUGCUCACGAAUUACUGCAUGAGAGCAUCAGUAAAGCUCGAGAACGAAAAGAAAUACACGAAAGAAUGAUAGAGAAGGAAAAGCAAGAGGAGGCAAAACGUAAAGAGGAAGUAUUGAAAAAAAUUGAGGCAGAUCGGGAGGCGAGAGCUCAAGCAAGAGAACGUCUUAAAUGGAUAAGGAAACGUGAGAAGGAACAUGAGCAAGAGAAAGAAGAUUCACAUAAUAAAGGAAGAAAAGACGCGUUUUUUAAACGGUUCUUGAGUAUGGCUUGGCUUAGCUCUGCGGGUAGUAAUGAGGGUUUAAUAAACAACUUGAAAGCAGCGGAUAUCAUAAAAUCUUCAAGAGUUGUAGCAGCAAUGAAAGCAGUAGAUCGAGGAAACUACGUUAAGACUGGGCCAUAUCAAGACUCUCCACAACAAAUAGGAUAUGGUGCUACUAUUUCGGCACCUCAUAUGCAUGGUUAUGCGCUCGAGUCGUUAGAAAAAUUUCUACAGCCUGGUGCAAAAGUUCUAGAUGUUGGUUCAGGAUCGGGAUAUCUGACUGCAUGUAUGGCUGAAAUGGUUGGACCUGAGGGCACAGCGAUUGGAAUCGAGCAUAUUCCUGAACUGGUAAAUUUGGCAGAAAAAAAUGUUCGAAAAGAUCAUCCAGAGUUUCUCGAUUCGAAUAGAGUCAAAUUUAUUCAAGGUGAUGGGAGGGAAGGAUAUCCGGAAGAUGGUCCUUAUGAUUGCAUUCACGUUGGAGCUGCAGCUCCAAAAACGCCACAAGCAUUAAUAGAUCAGUUAUUUAUUCCUGUUGGCGUCUAUUCGCAAAAUAUUUAUCAAAUCGACAAAGAUAAAGAUGGCGUAAUCACCAAACAACCCUUAAUGGGAGUUAUGUAUGUCCCACUUACGGAUGCGGAAAAACAAUUGGAUAGCUAA